UGGAGAUCUCUGACCACAGCUGCGACAUGAUUUAUAGUGCUGCAAAUGUGUUUCCCUGGCAGUGGAUAAUCAGUGCUGGACUGGAACUUGAAGGAGCUGGGCAGGAACUCCCUUGCCUUGGCUCCCUCACAGGGCAUCCCAAUUAACCUGAGUCACAUUUGUGUUUUUCUCUGUUCACUGGGACUAUUGCUCUGUAUAUUGGUGAACCCCAAGUGUCUUGCAUGAUGUGAGGCUGCUUCAAAUGGAAACUGGAUCCCAGCUGGGCUGUCAUUCUGAAAUUACCUCUUCCCAGGGGUGAAGGGUGCUAUUCCCUCUGCUCCCCACUCCCCCAUGGGACUGCUAUAAGGAGUUUGCCAAUGAGUAUAAAAAGCUGGUGUUUUCACAUGCAUAAGAGGCACCUUAAGCAUGACAAGGAAGAUCUUCACCAACACCAGGGAGAGGUGGAGGCAGCAGAAUGUCAACAGCGCCUUUGCCAAACUGCGGAAACUCAUUCCCACCCACCCACCAGACAAAAAACUGAGCAAGAAUGAGACCCUCCGUUUAGCCAUGAGAUACAUCAACUUCCUUGUCAAGGUCCUGGGGGAGCCAGGCCUGCAGCAGACAGCAGUGGCAGCUCGGAGCAGCAUCCUGGAGUUCUUCCAGCAAGCCCCACACUUGCAAAGCAUGGAGGAGCUGACACUAAUUGAAAACUGUGGUGUCUCCUGUCCUGGCAUGAGCAGCAAUAUAGUAGAGUGUUGGUCAGAGACAUCAUCUCCCUAG